AUGUCUACAUCACCCAGCCAACACUCUCAAGGAUCUUCUGAUCAAUCACCAAUGAACCUUGGCUCUCCCAUAUCCUCACCCACGGACACGCACUCUGUUGUAUCUGUGCCUUCAAGCAACUCAUCAUCAAGCCUGCAGCGUGCCACUGAUGCCAUCGACAGGGUUGUAGCAAGUUUGGCUAACUUGGCCGAACGCUUGUCAUUGGAUGACAUUACGCCAGAGGAACGUCAAGCUUUGCACCAGGAAUCUCAACAAGCAAGCAAGGAUCUUGAAGCUCUUAAGGGUAUCUAUCGAAAGAUGACCAAGAAGGACAAGAGUAACCACUCCAGCCGCCCUGUUGUACCCCAAGACCUUCCAAUGUUGCAAUGGACUGGAAACGUGCAUGACAAGACGAAACUUAUCUUUGGAUCAGUGGAAGAAUGCUUGAACCGCUUUGAGGAUGUCAUUGUUUCCUACAAUCAAGAUUUGGAUGAAGCAUGGGGUAGAUUGUUGCCACGCAUGUUGUCACCAGAGCAACGCUCUUGGUAUGAUGAUAACCUUCGCCCCUAUACUCAUCUUCCAUGGACAUUCGCACGCAAGACCCUUAUCAAGAAGUAUGGUAUCCAUGAUGGUGAAAGACAAUCUCAAGCCAUGUUUGAUUUGUUGGACAUGUCAAUGAAGAAUGACGAAUCGGUGGAAUAUUACACGGACCGCUUUAACAAGACUCGUCGUGAAGCUGGCUUGGAGGACAACUUGGCAAUUGCAGCUGUAUACACGAAAUCUUUGGUGCCUGACCUCUACAAGCAAGUACGCCUAGCCCAAGUCAAUUUGCCAGUUGAGUUGAGGUCCACUACUGAACAAGCUGCCAACGUUGCACGUGGCCUAUAUGCAACCGUUAUUGGCGCCACCAAGAAGUACCAUGCAACCAACAACAGCAAGACGGCCAACAACAUUCAUGACAAGAACAAGAAGCCUGAGGCCAAGAAGUUUUGCAACUUGCACAAGAAAGGCAACCAUACUACAAGUGAAUGUAGAACUUUAGCUCGGGAACUAGGAAACAAGGUUUCGAAGCGCGACAACUCUACCAAGUCGCACGAGCAAAAGCGUUGCUUCAAGUGCAACGAGUCAUGGCUCCCAGGUCAUGUUUGCAAGUGCAAGUUGGCUAUUCGCUCAGCUCAUUUCUCUGGAGACCACCACGUUUCCAAUAUUGCCUUGGAUCAUACAUCCGAGCAAAACUUGAUUGAUUUAAAUGACGACAUCAACGAUGACGUUGAUAUGCAAGACGCGCAACACCCUUGCGUUCAAUGUAAGUUUAUUCGCAUGGCAUCCCAUGCCACAGCAUCUUCUACAGAUCUUACUCACACCAUCUACGUGCCAAUUACUAUACAGGAGCACAAGGUCUGGGCCAUUGUUGACACUGGUGCGACCAUAUCUUCUAUCACUCCUUCUUUAUCAACCAAAUUAUCAGUACCCAUCAUCCCAUCUUCAGGUCAUAUUGACUUGGCUGCAUCUGGGGUCUCUGUUCCCCGCACUGGCACAACUUCCCCAAUAAAUUGUAUUUACGAUGGCAAAUCUUUUACUCAUUCUUUUGAAGUCUUUCCUAUUAACGCUGACGCUGAUGUAUCCAUUGGCACUGAUCUCAUGUCUAAACUUGGGAUUUCUAUUCAAGGACUUGCUACGUCAUGGGAACGUCCUUCACCACCUUUUGCUCUUGAUUCAAACAUCGAGAUGGAUAAGCCCAACGAUUCUCCCGCUGGCACCACUAUUGAGCACAAUGAGCUUCUUCACGCCAUUCAACCCGCUCUUAGAAAAAAUGCACAAAUACCUGUUACUUCUUUUUGCACCAUGCCUGAGUCCGUGGUUUACCUUAACACUGGUGCUGCACCACCUGUUUAUCGUCCUCAGUAUCCACUUGCUGAACAUCUUUUACCUGUCCUUGAGGAGCAAAUCCAAAAAUGGCUUGCUGACGGUGUUAUCAUUCCUGCACCACCUCGUAACGGAUGGAAUAGUCCUUUGACGGUCGCUCCUAAGAAAGACGCACAGGGUAAUCCCACCAAUUUUCGCCCUUGUCUUGAUCCGCGACAUAUCAACAACCUCUUACCUGAACAUCGUUAUCCCUUACCUCACAUCGAGCAAAUCUUUCACGCACUUACCGGUGCCACUGUUUUCACCACGCUUGAUCUCAAGAGUGCAUUUCAUCGAUUCAAGAUCCAUGAGCCUGAUCAACACAAAACCACAUUUACCUUUCGCAACAGACCUUAUUGCUUCCAAGCAUGUCCCUUCGGUCUUAAGCAUAUCAGCGCGGUCUUUCAGAAAUGCAUGCACACUCUUCUUGAUGAUUUACCUUUUGUUGCUACCUUUGUUGAUGAUGUGGUUAUCUUUUCCAAAUCCAUGGCUGAGCACCGUGAACAUGUCAUCACUGUUAUUCAACGUCUCACCGAUGUUAAUCUUAUCUUGAACGCCGACAAGUGUCAUUUUGCUCAAAAGUCCAUUUACUUACUUGGAUUUUGCAUUGAUGCUAAUGGUCGUCACCCUGAUCCUCGCAAGUUGGUCAACGUUGAUGAGUGGCCUAUUCCUAAAACAGGAAAAGACAUUCAGCGUUUCCUUGGUCUUAUCAACUUCUUUCGCUCGCACUUACCUCUUGCUGCCGAGCUCACAGCACCUCUCGAUGCUUUACGUAACCAUGGAUCUCUUGCGAAAGUUUGGCAGGAUGUUCAUCUUGAUGCAUUCAAUAACGUAAAGGCUGCACUUCUCGCUGCUCCUGUAUUGAGUCAUCCUGAUAUCACUCGUCCUUUCUUCGUUGCUACUGAUGCUUCGAAUCAUGGUAUUGGUGCUGUCUUGUAUCAAAUUGACCCUGACACCCAAGAACGCCAGUAUAUAAGCUUUGUUGCACGCGCUUUGACCAAAUCCGAGCGUAACUACUUUACCACCAAACGUGAGCUCCUUGCUAUUGUCUUCGCCUUGAAGAAGUUCCAUCAGUUUUUGUGGGGUAAAAAGUUCACCUUAUACACUGAUCAUAAAGCGCUCAUUUACCUUCACACGCAACCACACGCUACUCCUAUGAUUGUCGGCUGGCUCGAUGUCAUUUGCAACUAUGACGUUGACAUUGUUCACCUUCCUGGUAUUCAAAAUGUGCUGCCGGACCGUCUUUCUCGUCUUUUUGCUCCACAAGAGACAUCGCUGACGCUGGAGGGGGGUAAUUCCCAAUUUAAGUCACCCUUUGCACACAGCAUUUCCCACGCAGCCACAAAGCUCAUGCAUCGGUUGUUCAAGCCAACGGAAAUGAUUACACCACCCGAGGAAGAACGUACCAAGUUACUCGAACAAUCCCAUUUGAAUGGCCAUUUCGGUGCUGACGCCAUAGUGAAUGACCUUCACGACAAUGGUAUCUUCUGGACCAAUAUGAAAGAUGACGCCUUGAAGCAUGUCGGCAGUUGUCUCCCUUGCCAACGCUACAACAUUGGUAAACAUGGAUACCAUCCAUUGCGGAGCAUCAACGCUGAUGGACCUGGUGAUCAUUGGGCUAUUGAUCUUUGUGAAUUACACUGCACCACUCCUUCUGGCAACAACUACAUUCUCGUUAUGGUUGAUGUCUUUACUCGUUUUUGCGUUUUACGCCCUAUUCGCUUUAAAUCAGCCAUUGACAUCGUUAAAGAGCUUUCUUCGGUCUUCAGCCUUUUCGGUUAUCCAAAGAUCAUACAAAGCGACAACGGUAGCGAGUUCAAAAACAACUUUGUCCACCUUCUUUCCAAACACACUGGCAUGGAUCAUCGCCUUGUUACACCAUAUCAUCCUCGAGCCAACGGCUUAGCUGAACGUAUGGUUGAAACGGUUAAGACGGCACUCUUCAAACGCUUAGAGGGCAGACCUGAAACGUGGGAUUUAUACCUUGAUAGUACCAUGUACGCAAUCAAUACCAAACACCACUCUGAUCUCAAGACUCGUCCCUUCGCUUUGAUGUUUGCUCGUCAACCCAAUGCAAUGCGUGAUUAUUCCCAAGGCAAAUCAGCCAAUCCUGCCGAAGUCACAAAAUCCAUCAUGAAACGUAUGAAGGAAAUGGAAGAUAUCGUCAUCCCUGGUAUCCACGAAGGUCGUAAAGCUCGCAACGAAGUCACCAAAACACGCUACAACAAGACGCAUCGCAUGCACAAAGACAUUCCUAUUGGUAGCCAAGUCAUGAUUGUCAACGUCAAUCGUAGCUCCAAGACCGAUCCAAUUUAUGACGGACCGUACAUCGUGCAUUUCAGGACACCCAAAGGCAACUAUGUUUUACGUGACAAGAUGGGCAAGCUCCUACAGCGUAACAUUCCUCCGCAUCAAGUUAAACGUGUCUCAGAUGAUCCUAAAGCGGAUGGUGACACUUUUUAUGAAUUCGAAGCUAUUGUCGAUCACCGUUCGCAUGCACAACACGGCUAUCCAGAAUAUCGUGUGCAUUGGCGAGGCUACAGCGAUGAGGACGACACAUGGGAACCAGCUGAAAACUUUAGCGAUAUCUCAGCUAUCAACGCCUAUAUCAAACGUCGUUUUCCAAAUGGUAUUCCAUCAGAUGACCCAUUUUACGCUGCCGCACCAAACAAUGACGGUGCACGAGCCACCAAACGCAGACGCACAGACACAUCACGACGCACUUAA